GAGACUUCUUUCCUCCCGACUGCAAUCGUUGCGACCCUCAGUGAGGGGUUCAGAUUUUCCUCCAACAUGUGGAAAGAACUAAACCGUGUUCUUCUCCAGAUGGCCAUAUUUUGGACAUGUGCUUCAGCCAACAAGUGUGCUCCCGGGUGGGUCGAGCACGGCACCAACUGCUACAAGAAGGUGGAGGAGCCCAACGGUUGGCUGGGGGCCCGGCACCACUGCGUCUGGCAGGGCGGCGACCUGCUCUCCAUCACCUCUUCGGCCGAGGAGGACUUUGUCAAGGGCACCAUGGGCAACACCCGCUUCUGGCUGGGACUCUCCAACCAGAAAUGCGACAAGAUCUUGUGUGACUUCGAAGGCGGGAGCCAGAAGCUGACCUGGUCCGAUGGCGAGACAACGACAUACACCAACUGGGCCUCAGACCAAAUUAAAAGCGCCGACGUCGCGUCCUGCGCCUACGUCAACCAAGGAGCUUAUCUUUUGCCUGGGAAGUGGAGGUCUGGCUCCUGCGCUUCCUCGUUGGCCUACAUGUGCAAACGGCCGCAGAGUAAGUCUGCGCGUCCGUGGUCACGUUGCUGAUGAAAGGUGAGAUGCGCAAACGGGUCUUUUUUUCCAGGCUGC